UGCAUCAGGGGAAGAUGCUGAUGCUGGCGCUGAUGCUGGAGAUGCGAGAAUCGUUUCAUACCUUAGACAACGUUUGAAUCGCACCGAGAGGUUUAUUAGGAUGGGCGCGUGUGUGAUAUUUAGCAUUAAAUAAACAAACGCAGAUAUUUAGUCAACUGCCUACAGCUGAAGCGACGAUUUUCUCACAUUAGCCCAACGUUACUACAAUCGCAGACAGUGAGACCGUGGUUCAGGUCCAUCCCACGAUCGCUGGAGGGCCGGAUGAGAAAGUUCCCGUCUUCCAUUUUGUAGAAAUCUUCCCUCCGACUGUCAGCCACCAACUGGGCGCAGCACUCCAGAGAUCCUCAAAAUGGAGAGAAGUGCCAUUUCCACUUCACUGCUCACAGUCUGUUUAGUUUUGGCUGCGUGUCGCUGUUCCUCUGCGAUUCCCUUCUGCCCUGCCCAAUGUGUCUGCGAGACCCGCCCGUGGUACACGCCGCAGUCGGUCUACCAUCAAGCCAAGACCGUGGACUGCAACGAACUUCAUUUGAGCAAAAUCCCUUGGAAUAUAUCGAUUGAUACUCAGGUGCUGCUUCUUCAGAGCAACAACAUUUCCAGAGUAACCUCAGAACUCCAGAGUUUGGUCAAUCUCACAGAACUGGAUCUCUCACAGAACCACUUCACACAAAUCCAAGACGUCGGCUUGAAUAACCUUAGCCAACUUGUUACACUUUACCUUGAGGAAAACCAAAUUAAGGAACUACCGGAUUCGUGUCUGAAGGAUCUAGUGAACUUAGAGGAGCUUUAUAUUAACCACAAUCAGAUCUCUUCUAUCGGUCCUAAGGCAUUUUCUGGCUUGGGGUCCCUGUUGAGGCUCCAUCUCAAUUCAAACAAGCUGGUUGCGAUCGAUAGUCAUUGGUUUGAAGCCCUACCCAACCUGGAGAUCUUAAUGAUAGGGGAGAAUCCCAUUCUCGGACUGCGGGACAUGAACUUUCACCCCCUUUCAAAAUUGCACAGUUUGGUGUUAGCGGGAAUGGGACUCAGGGAAAUCCCAGAAGGUGCGUUUCGCGGAUUGGAGUAUUUGGAGAGUCUCUCGUUCUUCGAUAACAAGCUGACGGCCGUUCCGAGGAAAGCCCUCGCCGUUCUUCCCAGCCUCAAGUUUCUUGACCUCAACAAGAACCCAAUUGUCCGCGUACAGGAAGGUGAUUUCCGUGACUUUCCUCACUUGGAAGAGCUCAGUCUGAACAACAUGGAGGAACUGGUGGCGGUGGAGAGGGGUGCGUUCUCCAACCUUCCGCAGAUGGCCAAACUGGAGCUCUACAACAACCCCCACCUGUUUUUCCUAGACCGGGCUGCUUUCCUGAACAUGCGCAGCUUGCGCACCCUACUGCUCCAUAACAACGACCUUGCGUUAUUGCCCCGCGAGACUGUAUCUUCUUUUCCAAUUCUGGAUGAAAUCAGUCUCCAUAGCAACCCACUCAGGUGUGAUUGUCUUUCCAAUUGGGGGCCGGUCCUGGGCAACCAAUCGAGUCUCAAACUAUUAGAAUCCCAAAUAACUCUUUGUGCCUCCCCACCUCAUCUCAUUGGCCAGUCUCUACAGGAAGUAGUGUCUGCGAGUUGGAACGCGGCCACCAAUACCUGCCUGCCUCUAAUUUCCCCACAUGCCUUUCCACCGCAGCUCAACGUUACCGUGGGCCAGUUUCUAACGCUCGACUGCUGGGCUGUGGCUGAUCCUGCACCACAGUUUUAUUGGGUGACACCAACCGGUGACAAAGUAACUUCAGAAUCAGUUUCACCAUCCUUGAACGAGGGCGAAGGAACCAAGAAAAAGCACCGGAUGCAAAACCAAGGAGCUCUCGAGAUCCCCCACAUCGAACCGGAGGAUGCCGGACUCUACACGUGCGUUGCAUGGAACGCCGAAGGAGCAGACACUCGGAGUGUCUCGGUGUAUGUCACUAAAAUUAACUUCGGUGAUGGCAAACAUAGCAUUGGCGGAGGUCAUCGCAAAGGGACAAACACCACAGGAUCCUUAAUAGUCCUGGCAAAAAUCGUCCAUGCCCAGUCCGUAGUGUUGGAAUGGAAGGUUCACCCAUCUGCUGUCUCCGCCAUCCAUGACGUGGCACAACCCAAGUGGCUAAGCGCCACCGUUAAGAUCGACAAUCCACAGAUUAGCUACACCGCAACGGUCCCCGUAGAUGUUCAAGAAUAUAACCUCACGCAUCUGCUUCCUUCCACGGAGUACCAGGUUUGCCUAACCAUGGCCGCCACGGAGCAAACACAGCACUCUUGCAUCAACGUGACCACCAAAGAAGCCAGCUUUGCCGUGGAAAUGGUCGCCCAGCCGACCAACGUAGCCCUGGCAGCGGUCAUGGGUUCGAUGUUCGCCAUAUGCAUCAUGGCACUGCUGGUGUUCUACAUGGGACGGCGCAUGAAGCAGAAAUCUUGUCACCACUCUCUUAAAAAAUAUAUGCAGCACACGACCUCCAUCCCUCUGAACGAGCUUUAUCCACCUCUUAUUAACCUCUGGGAGACGGAGACUGAAAAAGAGAAAGAGGGACCGGUCGACCCUCAAAACUCACAGAUAGACACCUCAAAAACUUACAUGUGGUAGCUGCACUGUUUUAAACAGUACCUUGUUGUACAUAAAGGACAAGAACGUAUUAUUGAUUUGUCAUUGUGAAAGAUAAAUGUAUUUUUAGAUGGUACCCUUCAACACCACCAAGCACACUUGGUUGCAACUGUGAUUCGUUCACCCGUACAGAUAAAAAAGAUACGUGGGCAGCAAAACACAUUUUAUGCUUUUGCACUGCAUUGUAUUUUCUGGGAAUAAUUCAACGUUAAGCAUGCAUAUAUGUUAUUUUGUAUAAUUUAAACAUCCUAUAUCAACACUAACACAGAUCGGCACUAUUUAUAUCACCUAACACAUAUUAAAUCACAUGACAUCAGUUUCACAGAUUCGGGAGUUUUUGCAUGAAGUCUUGCAUGAUGCUUUCUCACACUAAAUGUUUUCAAGUCUUCUAAAAAUACACAGGUGUGAGAAAUUGACGUGCGUUCAUUUUCCUCCAUCGUCUUCAGCCUGUUGCAUUGUAUCACCUGCAUUGUAAUUCUAAUUAAACUUAAACCAAACUUGCCAGGUGCUAUGCAUAUAUCGCAAACUAAUUUGCUGUUAUAUAAAAUGCAUUUUUGGAGCACAACUGCAUAGCUGUGCUUAUACCCUUUCAUUUUAAUAUAGCUUUUAAUUUAUAGCUUUUUUUAUUUAUAAAAGUGCGCUCGAUUAUACGUGUUUAUUACUGAGUGAAAAUGUAUUUCGCAUCAAAUAUAAAUUAUUAUUAGCUUAUAAUGUUCAUUGGGUUUCACUUUGCUCUUGUCCCACCAAUAAUUGAGUCUGUUUUGCACCUCAUUUUAUUGCUAUUACAGGGAAAUUGAUUCAGUUCUCAUUUAAACCGGCUGCCAAAUUCAAUAUGCACACAAUUGUUUCUUAAAGCAUGAUUGUGUAUUUUAGGUAAGAGGAGUGUGUGGGGCGUGAGAAAAUUGAAAGAAAUCUGUGUUAUUUUUUACCUCGCCUAGUUUCACUUACGCUCCAUCAUUUCACUUUAAAUAUAUUCAAGCAAAGAAUUUGUUUGUUACAUUAAACCUGUGAGAUUUCUACAUAAUGCUGUAUGAUAUUGAUAACACAAAUGUUAUGCAAGACAUGCUCAUAUGUUGUUUUUAAAUAGAUAUCAUGUAAAGGCUGGUUGACAAGACCUCCACCAACACCAACAGGUUUAUUCCCGCGAAACAACAACCAAUGGAAAUGGUCAUGGUUGCUUUUUUGGAGAGGUGGGGUGCUAGCCUUAACACAUCUGUCCAGAUAUUGAUUAAAUAUAACAGCUUUGAUGAAUCAAAAUGUUUUUCAAUUAUUUACUUUUUAAAUACUGUAUGUAUGUUUUGAACCAAAGAUGAGAUGUUCAGUAUCUCUCUCAUCAUUGCAAACAAUAAGAUGUCAUCAUAAAUUUUGCUCUGAUGGACGGUGAAGGAAACAUUCAGUAUCUAAUUUGAUUUUCAUCACAUGUAUGCUUCAUUAUUGUGUUAUUGACAAAUACUUUAAAUUUGUUUAGUUAAUUUUAUAAUGUUAAAUUUAGUUUGGUGUACAAUUCAUACAGAUCAAUUUGGCAUGUUGGUACUCAGUUCUCAUGUGAAAUGUUAAGGUGAUCAUACACCUGUCAUAUGUUUUUAAGAUGUUCCUUCAUCAUUGACUGUAAAUCAAAUUGUGUGUUGUUAUUGAAAGACGAAUAGAGAAAGUGUCACUUUAGAUUAACCAUGAAAUAUAUCACAACACCUCUGCCCUCUGGUGGUGGAGAACACUAAUGACGUCUUACACGAGUUACUGUAUCUCAGUGAAUAGCAGGGUAUUUUGUAAUAGAAUAUUAUUGUUAUAUUUCAACAAUAAGUCAACAAUAAUGGUUUUACACUGUUAAGGCGUGUUGUGACGUCCGUGCUUAAUAGUUCAGGAGAAAUUACUGUCUAAAGAAACACCUGAAAGAAAUAAACACAAUAUCACCACAACUAUAAAGCUUCUUGUUUGUUGAUGUAAAUAAUCUGUACAAGCGCAAACAGUUUGAGUAAAUAGGUUAUUCAUGAAUUCAAAAUGCUCUUCCAUCUCUAUUUAUGGAAAUGAAUCAUUUUAUGAUUGUUUAAUUGUAUCACAGUCAAUGAAAUCAGUAAAAAAAUGUGACCUCUCUCUCCCUUAAGUGAUUAAAUAUAUACAAACUACAACA